CUUGGUGGAAUUUAGAUGGUUAAUAUUUACAGAUAUUGCAUAGCUAACGUUGUGUCUUUAUUUCCAGGUGUUCUGAUGGGCGUCAUCCUUCGAUAUGGAAUUCACGUUCCCAGCGAUGUUAAUAAUGUAACCUUAAGUUGCCAAGUGCAAACCAGUCCAGCUACUUUGUUAGUAAAUGUUAGUGGGAAAUAUUAUGAGUAUACCCUGAAGGGGGAAAUCAGCCCUCAUGAACUUAAUAACGUUCAAGAUAACGAAAUGCUGAGAAAGGUGACUUUUGAUCCUGAAGUGUUUUUCAAUAUCUUACUCCCUCCAAUUAUAUUUUAUGCAGGAUACAGCUUAAAAAGGAGGCAUUUCUUCAGAAACUUGGGGUCAAUCCUAGCGUAUGCCUUUCUUGGAACGGCUAUCUCCUGUUUUGUGAUAGGGUCGAUCAUGUACGGCUGCGUAGCACUGAUGAAAGUAACUGGGCAACUUGGAGGAGAUUUUUACUUUACAGACUGUCUGUUGUUUGGUGCCAUAGUAUCAGCUACUGACCCAGUGACUGUUCUUGCCAUAUUCCAUGAGCUUCAGGUUGAUGUUGAGCUGUAUGCCCUUCUCUUUGGUGAAAGCGUCCUCAACGAUGCCGUUGCCAUAGUCCUGUCUUCUUCAAUCGUAGCAUACCAGCCGGCGGGCGACAACAGCCACACGUUCGAUGUCACAGCAAUGUUUAAGUCCAUUGGCAUCUUCCUUGGGAUAUUCAGUGGCUCUUUUGCAAUGGGAGCUGCUACUGGAGUAGUCACAGCUUUAGUCACCAAGUUUACCAAACUCCGUGAGUUCCCCUUGCUGGAAACUGGUUUGUUUUUCUUGAUGUCUUGGAGCACAUUCUUGCUGGCUGAAGCAUGUGGUUUCACAGGUGUGGUUGCAGUAUUGUUCUGUGGAAUCACCCAGGCCCAUUAUACCUAUAACAACUUGUCUACAGAGUCUCAGCAUAGAACUAAACAGUUGUUUGAGCUUCUGAAUUUCUUGGCAGAAAAUUUCAUCUUCUCCUACAUGGGACUCACAUUGUUCACCUUCCAGAAUCACGACUUCAACCCUACUUUUAUAGUGGGAGCCUUUCUUGCCAUCUUCCUGGGAAGAGCUGCUAAUAUUUAUCCCCUGUCCUUUUUACUUAAUUUGGGGAGAAGAAACAAGAUUGGAACAAAUCUCCAGCACAUGAUGAUGUUUGCUGGAUUGCGAGGCGCCAUGGCUUUUGCCUUGGCCAUUCGAGACACUGCCACCUACGCUAGACAGAUGAUGUUCAGCACAACACUCCUCAUUGUGUUUUUCACCGUCUGGGUUUUUGGCGGUGGCACUACAGCCAUGUUAUCUUGCUUGCAUAUCAGGGUCGGUGUGGAUUCGGAUCAAGAACACUUGGGUGUCCCGGAAAGUGAAAGGAGGAGUACAAAAGCGGAAAGUGCCUGGCUGUUCAGGCUGUGGUACAACUUCGAUCACAACUAUCUGAAGCCUCUGCUAACGCACAGUGGCCCUCCUCUCACAACGACACUGCCUAGUUGCUGCGGACCUGUUGCCAGAUGCUUGACGAGUCCUCAGGCUUAUGAAAAUCAAGAGCAGCUGAAGGAUGAUGAUUCUGACCUUAUUUUGAAUGACGGAGACAUCAGUUUGACAUACGGGGAUUCUACUGUGAACGCAGAUUCUAUCACCUCCGGUGGCACGUCGAGGAGGAUUGUGGGAAACAGUUCUGAAGAUGCUUUGGAUCGGGAGUUGGCAUUUGGGGACCAUGAACUUGUAAUACGGGGAACACGCCUGGUCCUUCCCAUGGAUGAUUCCGAGCCUCCGUCGAGUUUGGUAGAUAGUGCGAGACAUGGCCCAGCGUAAGAUUGACGUUGCUCGAUUUAAUUGACAAUAAUAUCUGCAUAUGUGAUCACGAAGAAAUAUGUACUACCUAAAAUCUAAUGCAUGUCUCAGAAUGUCUAAGCUGUAUAAAUAUUAUUUAUAUGGUGUCAGAAGAAUAUAAAUAUUCUCUACAAGAUGGCUUGUGACGAGCAAGCUGCAGUUUCUUGAGUUGAAAACCAUGCUGACUGCACUGUGUAGAAAGAAACUAGUUUUUAGCAUAAUAAUCUUUUGCACAUGGUGGACUUCUUUUCAAGUGGUGUGAUGUAUGGCCUUAGGUCCCAGCUAGGUAGGGAAAGUGGCUGAUUUCUCUGCAGAAUUCAGCUUGACACAGACCGGAAUGACAAAUGAAAUGUUGCCUUUGCUUUGCCCUACCUAGAGUUGUUAGGGAGGUGUCAGCUAAAGAUGUAAAUUGCUUAUUAGUCACAUGAUGACUGUUUUGGUCUCUCAUAUCUCUGAUUGUCAAAUACUCACAUUAUAAUAUUGGCAAAAUCUCUGCUCAAAGAUUGGCCAGAUGGUCUAGCAGCCAGCCAUACUCUGCACUGCUGUAUUUGAAUCUGGGCUGGGGUCCCCAUUUAUCCAGGCCAGGAGGAGCUGUAAGGCAUCAUUGACUCAGAAUGCUUUGCUCCUGGGAAGGAAAGGGAACAUUACGCUCGGAAGUGACUCGCCCACUCUACUAAGCCACUGUUUAGAUAAUGGGGAAUCAGCAGAAGCCAUUCUCAGCCUUCCUCCAGUCCAGGGUGGGUCACCAUGAUGUAUGACGUUUUUCAGAUUGGGGCCCAGAGCGUCAGUUUGUGUUUUGCUGUAGUAUCUGAGGGAAAGAACUGAUCACACACAAGCUGCAUCAGACUUACUGCACAGGCUUUGUAGUUGGUGAGUUUGCAUUUCAGGUGUGGCUUAAACAGCUUUUCUAGCGAUAACAAACACAUUUUUAACAGGUGAUUGAGUUCUGAAUUUUGGGAAGGGGCCAUGUCUCAUGCGAUUGAAGCUCUUUUACUAAUUAGUCAUUGAGGAAACUAAAUAAAUGUACAAGUCUACUGCAGUUCCAUGCUAUACCACGGAGUCACACCUAUCCAAACAGGAAGUGUAAAGGUUGUAGAUUGAAACUGUACAUGCAGAUUUCUUAAGAGGUAUUUAGAAAAUGAGGUGGUACUGAAAGGGAGUCGUCCGUACUCCUGUCUAGUUGAAAUUGUUGCACUUUGUUUGAUACACUGCAUGCUAAGGAGUUACUAUAAUCUCCUCCCUGAUUCAUUGUCAUGUCUCUUACUGUUUAUAAUAAAUGUUUGUGAGUUUCCAUGUUUUUACAUUUUUCCAAGGAAGAGCACAGAACAAUUUGCUAUUUCACAUUAGAGUAUUGGGAUUUAUUCUUCAAUGAUGGGAAUGGCUAAAGGUGCAGUGAAAAUUUACGAAGCUGAGAACUCUUAUUUCUUGCUUUCCCCAAGAAAAAGUUCCAGCCUAGAACUUAACUGUGUAUAAUUUUAAUUUAUUUUUAGCCACACAAUCAGCCAGUCCUUUCACAGUCACAAAUACACACACUACUGAUUUCAGAGUUAGCACUGACUCACUCUGUUAAAAGAAGAACGCACUUCCUCAAGGUACCGCGGGACCUGAUCCUAAGAGAUGUCUGAGCACUCCCAGUUCCCAGUGACUUUGCUUGGAAUUGAGAGUACUCUACACCUCUCAGGACCUGAGACCUCAUUACAGUUUUCUUGGGAUGUUUACCCCCCACCACUGUUGUGGAGUGGGACAUUCAUGCAAAGGGGAGGAGAAACAAGGAAAUAUUUAGACUUUGACUGAGUGUAUAUUUAUAGUUCAGAAAAUACAAUUACCUUUUUUCAUUUUCUCAGGUCUAAAUAACAUUGCCUUAAAAUUACCGAAGUGGAACUAAUAUUUUGCAGUUAAAAUAUCCCCAAGAAUUUUUUUUUCCUUUUCAAGCAAAAUGUACAGGUUUUUUCUAUAGGACUCCUCUAGAACUCUGUACAUUCUGCGUUUACAUUUUAGGAAAUAAGAAUCUUCAUUGCACCCAGUAAAUGGCAGUUUUAGCUGUUAACAUACCCAUUUGUUGUUUAGUGCUAGCCGGUUUGUUCCCUGCUAUGCAGGGUUUCCAUGCAGUGUGAAUUUUAUAUUAUGUCUGUAUCUUAACUUCAUGUGUUUAAAAAAAAAAAAAAA